AUGGAAGAAAUCAAGAAGACAUUCGCCAAAUGCAGGCAACAGAAGCGCGCUGCUUUGGUGACCUAUGUCACUGCGGGGUAUCCGACCAUUGAAGAAACGGUUGAUGUCCUGCUGGGGUUGGAGAAUGGGGGUGCUGAUAUCAUCGAGCUCGGAAUUCCUUUCACUGACCCCAUUGCCGAUGGCCCAACCAUCCAGAAGGCUAACACGCGGGCCCUCGAGAACGGUGUCACCAUCACGACGGUGCUGGACAUGGUCCGCACCGCGAGGAGGAGGGGUCUCAAAGCACCCGUGCUCUUCAUGGGCUACUACAACCCGGUGCUACAGUACGGAGAGGAGCGUAUGCUCAAGGACACGAAAGAGGCAGGCGCCAAUGGCUUCAUUAUGGUCGAUUUGCCGCCAGAGGAGGCGGUGCGGUUCCGAAACCUUUGUGCAGCCUCGGGACUGUCAUAUGUCCCGCUCAUUGCUCCCGCCACCUCUGAUGACCGUAUGAAGUUGCUUUGCAAGAUCGCUGAUUCAUUCAUCUAUGUCGUCUCGCGGAUGGGUGUCACAGGAGCCACGGGAACUUUGAGCUCAGGUCUUCCUGAGUUGCUGGGUCGCGUCCAUUCCUAUUCCGGCAAUGUCCCUACGGCCUUGGGAUUCGGCGUCAGUACGCGGGAACACUUCCUUUCCGUGCAGGACAUCUCCGAGGGUGUCGUGAUCGGUAGCCAGAUCAUCACUGUCUUGGGUCAGGCGCCUGCUGGCCAGGGAGCUCAGAAGGUUGAGGAAUACAUCUCUAGCGUCACAGGACGGAAACUGGAAAGGGACGCCCAGGGCAAUUUGGUCAAUGAGAAGAAAGUGCUUGAAGUGGUGGAAAAGGUGUACAAGGACUCGGAUGAGUCCCAACCGGACGCAGUCAUUACUGAUGGUGAAGCUGGCGCUAGCAAAGGCGAACCUAGCUUGAUUGAUCAAAUCGAGGCUCUCAAUGGCAAAGGCGAUCCUGCUGCUCAGCCUUCCCGUUUUGGCGAGUUUGGUGGACAGUAUGUUCCUGAGUCGCUCAUGGACUGUUUAGCCCAACUCGAGAAAGGCUUUGAGGAAGCCAAGAACGAUCCUAAGUUCUGGGAAGAGUACCGUUCAUAUUAUCCAUACAUGGGCAGACCAAGCAGCCUUCACCUGGCCAAUCGCUUGACCGAGCAUGUUGGCGGUGCGAACAUCUGGCUGAAGCGCGAGGACCUCAAUCAUACCGGCAGUCACAAGAUCAACAACGCGUUGGGCCAAGUUCUACUUGCGCGGAGAUUGGGGAAGACUAGGAUCAUAGCCGAGACUGGUGCAGGGCAGCAUGGUGUUGCCACUGCAACCGUCUGCGCCAAGUUUGGAAUGAAAUGUGUUGUUUAUAUGGGUGCGGAAGAUGUGCGCCGGCAGGCCUUGAACGUCUUCCGGAUGAGACUUUUGGGUGCUUCCGUCGUCGCUGUCGACGCCGGCAGUAGAACGCUCCGCGAUGCGGUCAACGAGGCCCUCCGUGCCUGGGUCGUCGAUCUCGACACCACUCACUAUGUGAUCGGUUCUGCAAUCGGUCCUCAUCCUUUCCCGACGAUUGUACGGACCUUCCAGUCGGUGAUCGGUAACGAGACCAAGGAGCAGAUGAAGGAGCUCAUUGGCAAACUCCCUGACGCGGUUGUUGCGUGCGUUGGAGGCGGAAGCAACGCCGUGGGCAUGUUCUAUCCGUUCGCGAAUGAACCCAGCGUCAAGCUGCUCGGUGUUGAGGCCGGUGGAGACGGUCUUGACACUGACCGGCACUCUGCUACGUUGACGGGGGGUACAAAGGGUGUCUUGCAUGGCGUCCGCACCUAUGUUCUGCAGGACAAGAACGGUCAGAUUUCCGAGACGCAUUCCGUCUCCGCAGGUCUCGAUUACCCCGGUGUUGGACCUGAACUCAGCAACUGGAAAGACACUGGGCGUGCAAGCUUCAUCGCUGCCACCGAUGCUCAAGCAUUCGAAGGAUUCCGCCUCCUCUCCCAAUUGGAAGGCAUUAUUCCUGCCCUGGAAUCAUCCCACGCCGUGUAUGGAGCUGUGCAAUUAGCCAAGACGAUGAAGAAGGGCGAGAAUAUUGUGCUGAACCUGAGUGGCAGAGGCGACAAAGACGUGCAACAUGUCGCCGAAGAGCUCCCUCGAUUGGGUCCGCAGAUCGGCUGGGACUUGAGAUUUUAA